AAAGCAUGGUCAACUAGUUACAACGGUCUAUGCCCCAAUGAAAAUUGAAAGAAAGACUGUCAAAUUUGUAGUGAGAAAAUAAAGGAAAAAUAUUUCUUAUGAUGAGUUAUUUUCAUUAAGUUUUAGUUGAGUGUUAGUUCUUCUUCAUAUUUUUGAAUAACUUCAAUACUCAGAAUGGCAAAUAUAGCAGCGCAAAGAAUUAAAAGGGAAUUCAAAGAAGUUGUUAAAAGCGAAGAGGUAGCAAAGUGUGCUAUAAAAGUGGAACUUUUAAGCGAUGACUACACGGAACUGAAAGGUGAGAUAGCUGGUCCUCCGGAUACUCCAUAUGAAGGAGGAAACUUUGUGUUGGAAAUUAAAGUACCUGAAACGUAUCCAUUCAAUCCCCCAAAGGUUCGAUUCAUAACAAGAAUAUGGCAUCCGAAUAUUUCAUCAGUAACGGGAGCUAUUUGCUUAGACAUAUUAAAAGAUCAAUGGGCCGCUGCAAUGACCUUAAGAACAGUUCUUCUUUCGUUGCAAGCUCUUCUAUCUGCUGCCGAACCUGAUGAUCCUCAAGAUGCUGUUGUGGCCAGACAAUACAAGGACAAUUUAGAGAUGUUUCAAUUAACAGCAAGGCAUUGGACGAAUGCUUAUGCUGGAGGUCCACAUGUAAAUAGUGAUUGCGAUAGCAAGAUUAGAAGACUUGUAGAUAUGGGAAUUGAUGAGAACGAAGCUAGAGUAGCACUUUCCUCUUUUAAUUGGGAUUUGGAAAGAGCGACGGAACAACUGUUUUAGUUAGUAAUUUCCUUCAAAUGAAAAAUGCAGUAACUUAUUUUUCUUUGUUUGAUUGAUCUUUUCAUUUCCUUUGAAAAAUCAAAUAUUUUUAUUCAAGCUGAAUCUUAUGUACAUAAUAUAUAAAAUGCAUCU